AGAUCAGCCAGUAACCCUCACGACUGACUACGGGUUUUUGCAGUGACAGCUCAACAGAAUGGCCCUUUUAUUACGAAGGCCUGUUGUGAGUAAGCUACCACGUGAGCUCUAUAUGGCGUGUGCAAUUUCCGCGUCUCCCAGGCCAUUUUCUGUGCUCAACAGACCCCCACCGAACUAUGAAGGCCAUGUGCCAUUAACGAGACUCGAGCAAGCUGGACUUGCUGUCGGGUCAGCCAUUACAUCUCUAAUCGAUCCAUACCGACACGGUGAGCCCGAUAUCCAUGCUAGUUGGGGGAGCAAUGACUGAAGGACGUCACAGACAUGGUUGCCGCUUUGGGCGAAGCAACCGCAACACCAUAUUUUAUCUACCGCCUCCGCGACGCUAUGCUCGCCGAUUACACAGGUCGUCGCAUACUCCGAGAUAGGCCGCGCGUAACCUCGAAAACGAUGAGCCUAGAGUAUCUACGAACACUUCCUGAAAACACAGUUGGGCGCGCAUACGCGGAUUGGCUGGAUCGUGAGGGUGUGACACCGGAUACUAGGGAUCAAGUACAAUAUAUCGAUGAUGAAGAGUGUGCAUAUGUCAUGCAAAGAUACCGAGAGUGCCACGAUUUCUACCACGCAGUUACCGGAUUGCCGGUAUUUGUGGAGGGAGAGAUUGCGCUGAAGGGCUUCGAGUUUGCGAAUACACUACUGCCAAUGACGGGGUUGAGUUUGUUCGCCGUGACGAAGAUGAAGCCUGCGGCUAGAAAGAGAUUUUGGGACAUAUAUUUACCAUGGGCACUCUAUAAUGGGUUAAAUUCCAAGGACUGUAUUAACGUUUACUGGGAAGAGGAGCUGAAUACGGAUGUGGCUGCGCUGAGGAAACGGCUGGGCAUUGAGCGGCCUCCGGAUUUGAGGAGCAUCAGGAAGCAACAGAAAGAGAAAAAGAAGGCCCAAAGGGAGGGCGGGGAAGGAGAAAAAUGAGUAUAAAUAUGUAUAAUAUUGUAGAUCAACGCCAAGUCCCAAGU